AGAAUGUAUUGUAAUCUUUGCUCAGUCCAACGUGGUCCCUUCACCCGGGCUCCGCUCUUGCCUUCUCCACACUUGUUUGAGACCUGGCAAGGUGCGGAACCCUCCAGAAGUGCGGUCAAGCGGCGGUGGCAGCGGAGACGGCGAGCCAGGAGCCUCCCCCCGCGUCCCCAACUUCCCGGUGAUGCGGCGGAACCCCCGGAGAAAGUUUGCAAACUUCCAGCGGGCGCGGCGAGGACGCCGGGUCACCUAGGGGGCGGGCGGGCGGGCGCGGGGGGCUCGCUCCCUCCCGGUGCCGAGCCUGCCGCUGCCACCUCUCCCGCAGGGCUGCCCGCCGCAGCUGGUGGGCGCGCGCGCUCGGGGAGGGGACGUGGCCCUUGAAGGGCACUUGGCUUUCGCUCCAGGCGCAGAAAGCUCGAGAGUGGCACGGCUCUGUUCGCUUUCAGUCCUGCAGCCGUCUCCUGCUUCCGUCCCGUUCUCGCUGGCAUCAUUACCUCUUCCCUGCCGCUGCCCCAAAUGACAGCUCCCGCUUUUGCCGCGGCAGCGCGGUGGCAGUUCCCAGGACCUGGCGGCGGAGCCUUCCUCUCCUGCAGAUUCUCCACGCAACCGCUUAAACUUUUCACGAAGUUCUUAGAGGGGCAAGACGCGAGAAGGAACCAAGGACACGUUUUCUUCGGGCAACUGCAUCCCACUUCUUCUUUGCCGUAGAAUUAUUUCGGGGGGCGGGGAGAGGGAGUAUCCGGUAGAUUAAGCCUCAGAGCUUGUCCACCCCCUCCCCGACUUGGCCUGAACGGGUGCCACCCCCACUUGAUGCUUGUUCAAGGCCAGGAACUGGAGUGGGUUUCUUGUAUAUUGAGUUGUCAGAGUCCUCAGAGUGUGUUUGAUUUUUAUUUUUCCCUCCCUCUCUGACAUGUGUCAAGGAAUAAAGGCUGGAUACAGGUCCAUUACGUCAUUCUGCAGGCCAGUAAGUGUUUGAUUAACAGCUUCAGAUACUGAAGAGUUCGGGGUUUAGAGAUGCUGACCAAGCAACUCUGCUUUCCAUCCCACCCGCAACAUACUCGUACAGUCGCCCGUUCCGUGGGCAUCUUUAUUGCCCUCUCCUCCCCGGACCCCUCCUUCUUUACCCCCUCUCCCGCCCACACCGUUAUCACUCUGGCCCCGCCUCCCCCUUUUAGUGCUUUCCCUGGGGCGAUCCCUGUCCCCGGAGUGUGCCUAAGAGCUUCUGGUGUCUGAGGGGAGCACGGUACCUGAUCAACACACACACAAUCUGCCCUUUUCUAUUAUUUAAGAAAGGCACCAGCGAGCCCUCUUCUCCAGGGCGAAAAUGCUCUGUCCUGACAGAAAAGGCAUCUCAGGAAACAGAGUCCUUAUGAUAAUACCCCGUCCCUUUGGUGACUUAGGAAAGCAACACACCCACUGCGAACAAAGUACUUAAUUUGACAUAGCGCCUUUCUCCAGCCGAGUAGUAGCGGAAGAGGGAAGAAGUGAGGAUGCUGAUUAAAUCAGAUGUAGCUGAAAGAAUCAAGAUUCAACAUUUCAUUUACAAAGUGAGGGAAUGUGAGUCGUUGAACCCAAAACACCUUACAAUAAAUUGAUGUAUAUACUUCUUUCUCUUAAUCUGAAGUUUCUAUAUUUAAAGAGGAAGUUGAAUACCUAAAUCGUCGAAUUGAGUCCGAAUCUGCCUAUCUGGCAGUGGAAGUGGAAACACUCUGUGUGUGACGUGUGUAAGGGAUAAAAGUAAAAAGAACUCUUAGUGGGGGAGGGUGUGUGCGUGCAGCAGAAAUUAAAAAAAAAUCUACUGACAGAGUUUUGGAUUGAGUGGGGCAGAGGAUUUGGGUGCUCUCUGAUUUGAAGUUGGUGGAAGCUAAAUUAAGGAACAUUUAUAUUCUGAGUAUGUGGGAAUUUUGUGAAGAACACAUGUUUUGUUAUAAUCAGAUCUACUUUCUUCCAAGUGAAACAGCCUUGCUGUGGAGUAGGCAUUUGUGAAACUCCUGUCUGGGGUCUAAUUGACAUCCUUCCCCAAGUUUGUGGCAGUAUUUAUUAUUCAUUCACAUCUAGAGAUGAAAUAGUAUAACCCCUGCAGAAUGCAUGUGCUUCUAAAAUGUUAAACUUCUUGUUUGCGAUGCAUAGACCUGAAGGAAAAAAUGGCCUGGGUCACCAGCACGGGAGAGCGUGAUUAAUGAUCAGUGAUUUAGUGAUCAGUGAUUAGUGGUUUUAUUCAAACUGUUACCUCUGACCAGAAGCACACAUCAGAGGAUUAACAGGCUCUUUAGAUAAAUGCUCAUUAGUGGAAGGGGAAAAGCAAAGAUAAUAGGCAUGCACCCAGGGACAACUUUCGAAGAAAAUCAUUCCCCGUCUUCAGAAUAAUAAGCUCUAUUAACAGAAAGCCCUUUUAAUUUAAAACUUGCUUUUAUCUUGUAAAUCAAAGUUAGAUGUAAAAGUUUGUAGUGCCAUUAUAACCUAAAUUUUCCCAUAUCCACUCGAUGUGGAUUAUCUCAGUAGCGAUAUUUUUUUUUUAUUUAAAUAAACAAUUGGACCUUCAGAGCAGCUGAACCCUGACAAGUUCUUAACUCCCAGGGUUUGAAGGUGUCCCCCCUUAGAGAACAGAGAGUUCAGCUUGCUAGCUAGAUGGCGCACUGUUCUUUGGUGUUCUGUGCCGUUGAAAUGCAGGCGUCUCAAGGAGCAAGUAGCUGCUUGCGAGGUGUUCUUCCUCACUUCCAACAAAGUUGAUUCUGUGUAGGGUUGGAGGCUAGACAGUUCUACAAGUUUUUAGUCACAUUUUCCAUGUCAGUUAAAUCUGGGGAGUUCAAGGCUACUGGAAAAAUUAGUCUCAUUACUAAAAGAAACUUAGCAAACGAGGGAGGAAAGGAGGUACCAGAGUCCAGGAGGUACCUCUUGGUUGCAGAAGUGAUUGUAAAAUACCAGACCUGUUCUUCUUUUUUUCUUUGUAAAUCAAGACUAGUUUCACAAUCUUGUGGUCUGAAAUUGUGAAGCAAAUACUCAAAGAUUUAUUUUCUUCCUAAUCUUGCUGGUGAAAUAGAAGUUACUAGAAAGAAAGGAAGAAAAAAAAACCCGAUUUGGUGACUGCAAGAAGCAACACGUUGCUGAUUUUAUUCUACGAAUAAUGAUUUAUGAGGAAUCCAAGAUGAAUUUAGAGCAGGAGAGGCCAUUCGUCUGCAGUGCCCCAGGCUGCUCUCAGCGCUUCCCAACAGAGGACCAUCUGAUGAUUCAUAGGCACAAGCAUGAAAUGACUUUGAAGUUCCCCUCAAUAAAAACAGACAAUAUGUUAUCAGAUCAGACUCCGACUCCAACGAGGUUCCUGAAGAACUGCGAGGAAGUGGGGCUCUUCAAUGAGCUGGACUGCUCCCUAGAACAUGAGUUCAGGAAGGCUCAGGAGGAGGAGAGCAGCAAGCGGAAUAUCUCGAUGCAUAACACAGUUGGUGGGGCCAUGGCAGGGCCCGGAGCUCACCAGCUUGGCAGCACCCGGAUGCCCAACCAUGACACCAGCGUUGUGAUUCAGCAAGCCAUGCCGUCACCCCAGUCCAGCUCUGUCAUCACACAGGCACCUUCUACCAACCGCCAGAUCGGGCCUGUCCCAGGCUCUCUAUCUUCUCUGCUACAUCUCCACAACAGACAGAGACAGCCUAUGCCAGCCUCCAUGCCUGGGACCCUGCCCAACCCGACGAUGCCGGGUUCUUCUGCCGUCUUGAUGCCAAUGGAGAGACAGAUGUCAGUGAACUCCAACCUCCUGGGAAUGCAAGGUCCAAAUCUGAACAACCCCUGUGCUUCUCCCCAGGUCCAGCCAAUGCAUUCAGAAGCCAAAAUGAGGUUGAAGGCCGCGUUGACUCACCACCCUGCUGCCAUGUCAAAUGGGAAUAUGAACACCAUGGGACACAUGAUGGAAAUGAUGGGCUCGCGGCAGGACCAGACGCCACAUCAUCACAUGCAUUCACACCCGCAUCAGCACCAGACACUGCCAGCCCAUCACCCGUACCCACACCAGCACCAGCACCCAGCCCACCACCCUCACCCUCAACCCCAUCACCAGCAGAACCACCCACAUCAUCACUCCCACUCCCACCUCCACGCGCACCCUGCACAUCACCAGACCUCGCCACACCCACCCCUGCACUCCGGCAACCAAGCACAGCAGGUCUCACCAGCGACACAACAGAUGCAGCCAACCCAGACAAUACAGCCGCCCCAGCCCACAGGGGGCCGCCGGCGAAGGGUGGUGGACGAGGAUCCCGACGAGAGGCGGAGGAAAUUUCUGGAACGGAACCGGGCAGCUGCCACCCGCUGCAGACAGAAGAGGAAGGUCUGGGUGAUGUCACUGGAAAAGAAAGCAGAAGAACUCACCCAGACAAACAUGCAGCUUCAGAAUGAAGUGUCCAUGUUGAAAAAUGAGGUGGCACAGCUGAAACAGUUGUUGUUAACGCAUAAAGACUGUCCAAUAACAGCCAUGCAGAAAGAAUCACAAGGAUAUCUAAGUCCAGAGAGCAGCCCUCCUGCCAGUCCGGUCCCAGCUUGCUCUCAGCAGCAGGUCAUCCAACACAAUACCAUCACCACUUCCUCUGCCGUGAGCGAGGUGGUGGGAAGCUCCACCCUCAGUCAGCUUACCACUCACAGAACAGACCUGAAUCCCAUCCUUUAAAAUCUGCCGGUGGGUCAGACCUUGCCUCCAAGAAGAGCUGUCGCAUAUCAUGCGUCCUUUCUUUUAAGGGCAUUUUUAGAAUUAACUCAGACCUGGAAGACUCCUCAGCCCUUCAGAGACUGGCUUUCAUUUUUAUAGUUAUUAUGGAAAUGUCGUCUUUUAUACUUAGUUAUAUAAGAAAAAAAGGGAGUUAUGCAAUUAAUUAAUCUGUCAGCUUGGGAAAUGCUUUGGUGCUUUUCUCCAAUUUUCUGGUACCAGUUAACUUGUUUAUAAACUGAACUCUUUCUGUAUAUAGACACGGUUUCAUUCUUAUCAGUCCAACCCUUUGCUUGAAACAUCAAACCUUGUUAAGCCGCAGCUUUUAGCCAAAAUGAGGCAUAACCUAGAUGUCACGUAAAUGGAUGCGAGGUAACUGGGUGGUGAGUCUCAUGACAUUGUAACACACAUCGGGUUUGUGCCGUGAUGUCGCCAGAAUUCCAGAUAAACACAGAGCCUUUUCCAUAAUUUUGUCUCUUCCUACAAAAAAUCAUAAGACCCACUGAUGUCCAAAUAAAGCCACCGAGCAUCUCACCCCCCUCCACCUCCUCCCCUUGGUCCACUUCCUUGAAUUAUCCUCUGAUUUCCUCCAAUCUUCCUUUCCAUUUCCACUUUUUUCCCGGGCUCCCUAUGAACUCUUUAUUUUUACUUUCUGCUAUUUUAUGUUUCCCCCUUUAGAAUUGCACAUAAAGAAAAAAAUAAUGCUUAAAGAGGAAAAAAAAAAGCAAAUCUCAAAAAUAUGGAUCUAGCCAUUGCUUUCCCUGCCCGUGACCCACAGCUGGAGUUCAUUCACCUCUUGCUUUUUACAAAAUAGUAAGCAGGAGAUGUUUAAUGUUCCUGAUUUAAUGUUUUUAAUAAUCAGAGCAAAUAAAAGGUGGCUUAGCCAUAGGUGAGGCACUGUUGAAUGCCAGCUGUGGAGACACCAGGGAAGGGAGACUUCUAAGCCUCGAUUGUGAAGGUCCAGAUUAUGAUGCAGGCUAUAACAUCACACCCUCGAAUUACAACUGGUUUAUAUGGCCUGUCUAUAAGGUUGAAAAUCCAUAUGCUAUAUAAUAAUUCAGAAGGGCUCUAUUCACUACACAUAUUACAUUGUUCAAUCAUCAGCUGCUAAUAGACUAAGAUUUAUUAUUAUUUUUUCUUUUAAGCCUAUGGAACUGGCUUUGCUGUUCUGGUGGGUGAAAGUAGACGUACCACUGGAGAAACAAAGAGAAAGAGAAAACUAAUGUUUCCACAGGGGUGCUUUCAGCCCUCCCAGAACAGCCAAAGCCUUCUUUGGCUGCUGAAAGAAUCCCAUGGAUGUGGCUACUCCACUCUUCUGAAUAAUUCUGAUUUAUAUUUCCAACGACUUUCAUCGACUUGCCUAUUAUGGAAAGUAGAUAGUCCCGAACCACAGUUGUGCCUCCUUGAAACAAGCCAUUCUACUGUGUCAAUGUUUUAAUAUCACAUCUCACAAGUAACAGGGACUAAUGUUUCCCUCUAGCAGUCUAGACAGGUGCUGGUGUUUCAUCUCCAUUUGAAUGCUUGACCUAACACGAGAGAGUGAGAGUGUGUGUGUGUGUGUGUGUGUGUGCACACGUGUGCACAUGUGUGUAUGUGUGUUCAUGGGAUUUAAAAUAAUAUUAUUUUACAAAAGGUGUAGCUUUUAUAAGCGUUCGGGAAAGGGAAAGACAUGUAUGGUGUGUGUCUAUGUGUUUAUCUCUCACUAUAGCCUAAGAAUCUAUUUUGGAGAAAAAAAAUAUAAGGGUCAUGAAGCAUGAUUUUUAUAACUAGUUUCAGUUUUAUCGAAAAACUUACUUUUCAAAUCAGUAUUUAUCAGCAAUUUUUUUUAAUGUAUGCAGUGCUUUCAAAAGAAAGUUUUGAGUGUCCAGAGAAACUCAUGACUGGCUAUGUGAUCUAGAAAUCCAAACAAAAGCAAAAACAAAACAAACACACACUCACAAACAAAAAAAAAAUUUUUUUUAAAGAAAAGAAAAAUAUGCAAAGGAUUUUCUAUUAUAUUUUAGACAAACAUAUCUUUUUUUAAGUAUUUUAAAAACUGAAUCCAUAGUUGUUUUACUUCGCAUCCCAGCAGUAACAGCUGAACGGUUGAACCUAACUGGCUUCCUAAGAAAUAUUUAAGAUAUAUCUGUAUUCUGUUAUUAAAUUUAAUUUUUUCAAAACUCCUUUCUAGGACCAUGUAUGUGUCUCUCUAAAAAAGAAAAAGAACUCAUUGAAAUGUUUGCUUGGGUUUUAAAUUUUUUAUGUUUUUCUUAUUUUUUGCUUUAAGUAAACAAAAACUUUUCUUUCUUUAUUGCAUGCAUAGCACUUAAUGAAAUGGAUUUUUUAAAAAUCCACGGGUAAUAUCAGAAUAUCCAGGGAAUGGGCUGUCACUAAAAUUAUGGUUUACUUUACUUCUGUUCCACCUCUUGAUUGAAUAUUUAGUUGUUAAGCUGAAAGCCUCUGUAGUGAAGAACUUGCUUGAGUUUUCUUAAUUCAGCAACUUGACAGUUUGACUGAUGUGCAUUAUAUAGAGCUCAAUUAUGUCUGUUUUUUAUGCUAAGUAGGCAAACCAACCACACACACACACACACACACACACACACACACACACACAUUAGCAAACAGCCCUCAAUGUACAAGUAGAAUGAACUGUCUUCUUGUUAUAUUUAGAGCCUUUAGGUAUGUUCAUUAGCAGUGUGGAAAUACAGUAAAAUGAAAGAUGCCAGCUCGUUGUCAGAGUGUCUUGAAACCCUGAACAGAAAGGCUUGUUGGUCAAAUCCACACUCAGCUUAUCAAUAUUAAGUAGUUCACUGGAAGGUCCAGCCUGCACCAGACCAUGAAACAAUUAGUCUGCCUGAAAAACCCCUCUGUGCCCUUCAUUUUUUGCCAAUCUGGGAAAACAUCUUUUUUUUCUGCCCUAUUCUCCUCUCCCACUCAACUCCUGGGUCAUCCGCCUGUAUCUUCACCGAGCCAGUGUAAUGACCUUCAGAGCACCCAUCCUGAGGAAGGAAGGGCCCUACAACACUGCCUCUCCUCAUUCACGUGUGGGUUUUUUUAUUGGCAGCAUCUGCCUUUGAAGUCACUGCCAGCCUAUCUGAAAAUUUCUACAGUGCUUCCCUUGCCUUCUGUGAUGGGACCCGACUUAGGUACCCCGAUGGCAUUUUUACCAGGUGAUCCUAAAUUGAGGCGUUCACAUUGUAUUUCUUCUUAAGACAUUUCCCAACAUAUGACGCCAGGACAGGUGGAGUAAAUCCUAACUAAGGAUGAACGUACUCAUUUUAAAGUCUGUCUUAAGCUGAUGUUUUCCCUUUACACCCCCAUUCACCCCUCCCUACCUCCAUGUUAGUGUGCGCGAGUGCCAGUGUUCACAUGGCCCGUGGGAGAUGGCAGUGUCUGUGGUGUCACUGAAUGAACGCUGGUCAGAGAAAUCAAAUGCAGCACCUGUUCUGAACAGAGGGGUGUCAGUGAUGGAUGUUCAGGGAGUUGGGUCGCUGUUACAUCAAUUUUAGUGUGUCAGUUGAGUUUGCCAUUAAAAUCUGAAACCAGCUGCGGUGAAAGAUCAGCCUUUGGCUGGGGAGUUUUAAGCAUCAGUAAUUGCUAUCAAACUAGCCAUCCAGUUAGGAUAGAAUGUGCUUCUCUUUGGUUAAUAAAAACCAUCGAAGAAAAUAUAUUUGUAUGUAUGUGUGUAUACAGUGGAAUUCAAGGACCAAAGCAAAAUUUGAACAGGAAUCUAUUAAUUUAGAAUUUUAUAAGAUAUUUAUUAAUAAAUGUUAUUUUGAAACAUUCCAUUUGAACAGUAUUCUUCUGUAGGAUCUACUUGUUUUUAAAGUAUUAGUUCAUAAUAAACUACUCUAGUUGUGUAUAUCUUCAUUUUUCAGGGUUUCAAAUGGCUGUUCUCCAUCAUAUGGUGGAAGUAUUUUGCUUAGAUCUCUGUGCAUAGAAAUUUCAAGGAUUUUUAUUGCUCUGUGAGUUAUUUUUUAAUCUAUGUUCUGAACGGUUUUUUAAAACAUUCUUUUCUCUUUUUUUUCUUUUUUUUUAAUUCUUAAAGUAAGCUCUUUCCUUUAGGAAGCAGAGUUCGGCUAAAGGGAAUCAGUAACUAUAACUGGAACAGCUUUCUUAUAAAAGUGUAGGAACUUCAUCUCUGCUUCUCUCCACCCCACCCGAUUUCCUAGAAUGCCUUGCACUAUUCAGCUUCCUUAGUGCUCUCUUUGUCCAGUCCCAAACAAUGUGCCGUAGCUUUAAGCCAUUCAAGUUCCAUUAUGCAGUAUAUCUGAGAAGGAAAAGGAAACAACCCAUUUAAAUUUGAAUAAAACUGUGCCUAUGCGAACAGUAGCAAUUUAGAGUCUCUCUUCUGCUUUUAAAAUAAUUUAUAUUUUAAAAUUGCACUUUAGCUUUUUCAAUCCCUGUUUCUCUGGUUCUUUCUCAAAGACCCUCCCUUUCCUCAGACUUGCCUUCUGCUCUCCUCUUUCGACUCCCCACCCUUCCCCUCAGGCUCUGAGCUGCAUCAUUUAAAAUACUUUACAGAAUAUUUGCACCAGGUACAUGUGCUUGUGUUCCUUAGUAGCCUAGCAAAGACAUGUUCCUCAUGUCAGCCUAGAUGAAGCCUGCUACGAGAAAACUAAGAAGAAGAGCCAGUUUAUACUCUUUAACCCUUUAUUCAUAGCAUGUUUAAAAAAAAAAAGUUAUAUUAUGCAACAGAUGUGAGGCAGCAGCUAAGCUAUACUUAAGAAUUUUCUAUCUCAUCCUCCAAACCAAAGUGUCCUGAAUGAGCCAGGAGACUUACUCUUUUGUGCACCAUGGUGCAUGUGGACUGUGGUCCAGCCGUCGUCUCUCUGAGGCUGCGGAAGUAGUAGUGGCCCUAUUUCAUUCCUGGGUCUCAAAAAUACAAUGUUGCCUUGUGACAUAAUUAGGGACAGCACCUGUGUUUUACAAUGAUAAUCUGAGAAAGGACAAGAAGACACUGAGCAAUAAACUUACCAGUAAAAUUCAAUACCAAAACAAAGAAAUGAAAACAAAAACAAAAACCCUAACUCAUGAUGUUGUGAAAGUGAAAAAGUGUAUGUCCACUCAAAAUAUUUUACUAUUUCUUGUGGAGUUUUUCAGUGAUGUAAUGCUUAUAGCCAAAUUGCUUAAAGAGUGUUUAUAUAUUUUUUUCCUUAUAAAUUGUCUAUUUUU